AUGUUUCACGCGCUGCCUGGAGGACCUGACCUGCUUCUGGGAGAGCAGCAGCCCCCCGAGUGCCACGGAAUACGGCUUCUUCUACGUCGUGGAGACACCCCGUCCUUCACCCCCCUGCGCGUCGGCGCAUACGCCGGCAACAGCAGCAACGUUAUCCACUCCCGCACCAUCAUGAUCAACCAAGUGGUUCUCCUGGAGCCUCCGUCCAACCUGACGGCGCGCACGACCGAGAGCCCGGGGCAGCUGGCGGUGAGCUGGCAGCCGCCCGGCCUGCGCUACCUGGAGAGCAGCCUGCGCUACGAGGUGGCCUUCGCCCCCGAGGGCGCCGAGCGCCAGACGGUCAACAUCCCCGACGGCCGCACCGAGUGUCUCAUCCUCAACCUGCGGGGCCGGACCCGCUACGCCCUGGCCGUGCGCGUCAAGCCCGACGGCGUCAGCUACAGCGGCUACUGGAGCGCCUGGUCGGCGCCGGUCACCGUGGUGACGCCCCGCGAUCUGGACCCCCUGAUCCUGUCGCUGUCUCUCAUCCUGUUGCUCAUCGUGGUGCUCCUGGCCCUCUUUGCCCUGCUCACCCACCGCAGGUUUUUGAAGAAGAAGCUGUGGCCGGUGAUUCCCAGCCCGGAGCACAAAUUCGAGGGGCUUUUCACCCUCUACAAGGGGAACUUCCAGCUCUGGCUGGGACAAAGAAAUGCCUACCUGUGGUGGAGCGCGAACCCUGGCUAUUUGGAGGAGCAGCCCACCAUGCUGGAAGUGCUGUCCGAGGGCCGCGAAUCCAAGGCGGAGGGGCCGGUGCCCCCUUUGCCCCCCAAAGCCCAGGGCUUGGUCCCGCCCGCCCGCCCUGAGCCGCCCGCGGAGCCCCAGGAUGACUACCUGGUGCUGGAUGAACAGCUGAUGCCAUGCAGUCUCGGCAAGGACUCUCUGCUCCUGCCGGAUGCCCGGAGCAGUGCGAGCUCUGAAGCCCCCCCUGCCAUGGGGCAGGAGCUGGGCUCCCCGGGGGCGACACCGGAGCCCGUCCCAGAGGAGCGGGUCUCGUCCUCCUCCAGCUUCGAGUACACCGUCUUUGACCCCAGUUCGGAGCUGCUGGCACCCUGUGGGCACCAGCGCCCGCUCAAAUACAGCUACCUGCUGGUGUCCGACUCCGGGAUCUCCGCUGACUACAGCCCCCUGGGCACCAGCACCAACCGGCCCAACCUCUACACCAACCUGUGCCAGGAGGAGUGCCAGGCCCAGCCCUUCCCAGCCAGCUACGUGGUGUGCUCAUAG